GUUGCAGUGUUCGUAUGUAUGAGAAGGCGGAGUUCGACGCUGAGGAGGACCGAAAGAAAUAAACGGAGGCGCUUUAGCGAGCGCGAGGAGAAACACGGACGCUCGCGGAAGACACGCGCUCUCUACCUGCGUAUCUAACGAAUAGACGUGCUUGUCCAGGUGUGUCCCUCACGAUGUGUGUCUCACUGCACCUGUGCGUGCUGCUGGCGGUGUGUUCUCUGAGUGUGUCUGCGUCCCCGUCUUACGGAGAACGAGGCUCUGAUCUGGGCCUGCAGCUGUUUCUGCGUGUGGUCCAGGACAAACCCCUGGAGAACGUGGUCAUGUCCCCUCACGGCGUGGCCUCUGUCCUGGGCAUGCUGCUCCCGGGGGCCCACGGGGACACUCGCCGACAGAUAGUCACCGGCCUCAAAUACAAGAGGACGGGUCCAUAUAAGAUGUUGCGGAAGUUGCAUAAGGCCCUAACGACCAAAUCCAACGCUGAUAUUGUGACGAUCGCCAACGCGCUGUUCCCCAACGAGGGCUUCAGCAUGAAAGAAGACUUCCUGACAGCCAACAGGGAGAACUUCCUGUGCCACAGUCAAACCAUUAACUACAGCGACCCAGAGAAGGCUGCAGAAACCAUUAAUGAAUGGGUGAAGAACAGCACUAAAGGCCAUAUUCCCAGCCUUGUCCAGGCGGAUAUGUUCGAUCCGGUUCUGACUCGUUUGGUGGCUGUAAACUCCAUUUACUUCAAAGGCCUGUGGAAGUCCCGUUUCCAAGCCCAGAACACCAAACCCAGAAGCUUUACUGCAGGAGAUGGAAAGUCAUACAAAGUGCCCAUGAUGUCCCAGCUCUCCGUCUUCAACUACGGUCAAGCCAGCACUCCAGAAGGUUUGAAGUACACAGUGAUCGAGCUGCCGUAUCAUGGUAAUAGCAUGAGCAUGUUCAUUGCGUUGCCGUCAGAAGAGGCCACGCCCCUUUCGGCCAUCUUACCUCACAUCUCCACAGCGACUGUCCAGAGCUGGACCAAACAGCUGGUCCCGAGGAGGAUGCGCUUCCUGAUUCCGAAAUUCACAGCCGACGAAGAGGUGGAUUUGGAGGCUCCUCUUACAGCGAUGGGAAUCAAAAACAUCUUCAGUCAGAGCAAAGCUGAUUUCAGACACCUGAGUUCAGAGUUUGUUUACGUGUCCAAAGCCCUUCAGAAAGCCAAGAUAGAGGUCAAUGAGGAUGGAACCAAAGCCUCUGCUGCCACAACUGCAAUCUUGCACGCCCGAUCUUCUCCUCCAUGGAUGGCUGUGGACAGACCAUUCCUGUUUCUUAUCAGACACAAUGCUACAGGAACCAUCCUGUUUGCUGGCCAGAUCAACAAACCUUGAGCCCGGAGAUCAUAGGGGUUUCUUCCUGUAUGUCUCAUCAGUGACACACACACACACACACACACACACACACACACACACGCACACAAACGCAUGGAUAUUUUAAACUUUUGUCCUGGACUGCGUGUUCUGUGCCUAUUCAAUUUCUCAAGUGUCUUUUUACCAUAAUUUUUACUUUGUCUUUGUAUUGCAUUUCUGUUUUCUUUAUAUUCUUGGGGAACAUUUUAUAAGAUUUUAUACAUGGUUUAUAAUUUGUGUCUAAUGCAAACGUUCUCACAAAAUGUGUGCAACUUAAAUGCUGAGAUAACUUUUGUUUAACUUUAACUGAGAUCAUUUUUGUUCUUAAUAGUGUCAAUUUAUUUGGCAUAUUAAUGAUACAUUUUCCUGCAUCGAGUUAUAUUUUAUUAAAUAAGGUACUUAAACUGGU